GUUCUGAGGGGCAAGACAAUCCAAUCCAUUUUAUUUUCAAAACAACUCAUGGCGUGCUUAGCUUAGCUCCUCGUGGUCGGCAUGGUUUUUGGCAAUAUCGGAGCUUCAAGCUCUUCAGCGGACACCAUGGAGACCACGACCCCGAACCGUGAAUAUCCGUUGUUUCCUACAGAUGGUAAUGGUGCUGAUGAGUUGCAAAAGAGGGACGUGCCUGCUGCUGAGCCACAAGCAUUGUCGAAAAAUGCAGCCAGGAAACUUGCACGAUAUGAGAGGGUAGUUGCUGCCCGGAAGGCGAAGCGGCGGGAAAAGAAACUGGCUCGGAAAAGCAGAUUAGCUGCAGCAAAGGAACUGGGAGGUUGUGGUGCCAAGUCAAUGUCUGAGGGUCAGCGGCAAAUGCCUGUAAGACCGGUUCAGGAUGAGGCACUCAACCGUGACUCUUCAGCAGCUUCUGGAGUGCCUGCUCCAUGCAUAUGCAUUGAUAUGGGGCACACAGAACACAUGAGUGAUAAGGAGCUGAACAAACUGUCAUCACAGUUACGAAGGUUGUAUGGCUCCAAUCGUCAUAGCUACACUCCCUUGAAGCUCUACUUUACUCAUUUCCCUUCAUCUUGCCGCCUUUACAAGAUGUGUGUUGAAAAGCAUCAAGGAUUUGAAAGGUACUUGGUGGAGAUGAGAGCAGAAAGUCAUUCCCAGCUUUUCCCUAAGGAGUCGCUGCUCUACCUAAGUCCAGAUGCACCUGAGGCCCUCCCAGCUACAACCUUGGAAUCCACACUGUUUACGUUAUUGAGCCUUGUGGAUGAAACUGUUCAUAAGAACAUUAGCCUGAGCAGUGCAUGUGCAGAAGGCAUACAGUGUGCGCAGCUGCCAAUUGAUGAAUUUAUGGAGCGCUGUGGGGGUACAGGAUGCAAGAUUCUUACUGUCAACCAGGGUAGGUAA